AUACAAGUCCUCCUGAAUCUACAAACGGUUCUUCGGUUGAUAUUGAAACUACAAAUAGCUUAAGCUUGAAAUUAAUACCUUCUCAUAUGGAAUUAUUUUUAAUUGAGCCAAACAAUGAACAUGAUCUUCAACCUUCAGAAAUUGAGCCAAACGAUGAACAAGAUCUUCAACCUUCAGAAAUUGAGCCAAACGAUGAACAGAAUCUUUAA